UUCAAGAUUUUCAAGUUCAAGUCAAGUAGAAUGUAAUUGGAUCAUUUGUCUUAAUUACUGCUAAUUAACUAUUUCUUUGUUUUAAUUAUUAGUAAUAAAUGUAUCAUCGCCAUUUAUUAACUAAUUACGUUACCGUUGAGUACUAGUGUCAAUACUGAUUGAAAAAUACUCAGUGAAGUAAAAUAAGUCUUGUUUUACUUUUGUUAUAAUAAAAUGUCGUCGUUGCCUAUUGUGUCUAUAACAAGAAGAGAAACUUUCAGUUCUUGUCACCGUUUACACAGUCCAUUUUUAAGUGACGAGGAAAAUAAGAAACUUUAUGGAAAGUGUAAUAACCCAAAUGGCCAUGGGCACAACUAUGUUGUACUGGUGACCGUAAAAGGUCCAGUAGAUGCUCACACCGGGAUGGUGAUGAACAUCCAUGACCUGAAGCAGUACAUGAAGGAGGCCAUCAUGGAUCCCCUGGACCACAAGAACUUGGAUCAGGAUGUGCCUUAUUUUAAGACAGUGGUCAGCACCACAGAAAAUUUAGCAAUUUACAUCUGGGACCAUCUACAGAAAGUAAUGGAAAAGCCUUCUCUAUUGCAUGAAGUGAAAAUAUUAGAAACUGAGAAGAACCACGUGGUUUACCGCGGCGGCUCCACUUACCCGCGCAAGAAACACGAGAAUUCCAGCCUACAUUCCAGCCGCCACCACAAUGUCUCCUCAGAUUCAGAUUGAGAAAUCAAUACAAUGUGACAUUAUAUAUCAAGAAA